UAGCAGCAAGCUUCUUCUUCUGCACACUGUGUAUUGAUUGGCUAACCAGAGGUCCAGAGCUCUCUCUCUCUCUCUCUCUAUCUAGGGUAAUGGCUCUCCAUCUCUCUGCUUCGUCACUCAUCUUCCUUGUCUCUUUCUUCUUGCUUCUCUCCAAUGGUUUCUCAUCCUCUUCCUCUCGCCGUAGCAUCCACCAUCGUCGCCACCUCCACAACCACAAUUACAAAGACGCUCUCGCAAAGUCUAUUCUCUUCUUCGAAGGUCAAAGAUCUGGAAAGCUUCCUCCAAAACAGAGGAUGACUUGGAGGAGUAACUCUGGUCUCUCUGACGGCUCUGCUCUCAACGUGGAUUUGGUGGGAGGAUACUACGAUGCAGGGGACAAUAUGAAGUUUGGUUUUCCAAUGGCAUUCACAACCACAAUGCUCUCAUGGAGUUUAAUUGAGUUUGGUGGUCUCAUGAAAUCUGAGUUACCAAACGCUAAAGACGCAGUUCGUUGGGCCACUGACUUUCUCCUCAAAGCCACAUCGCAUCCUGAUACUAUUUAUGUUCAGGUUGGUGAUCCUAACAUGGACCAUGCUUGUUGGGAGAGGCCAGAAGACAUGGAUACACCAAGAAGUGUGUUUAAAGUCGACAAGAACAAUCCUGGUUCUGAUAUAGCCGGUGAAACCGCUGCCGCUCUUGCCGCUGCGUCGAUUGUUUUCCGGAAACGUGACCCUUCUUACUCCAAUAUCCUCCUCCAUCGAGCCAUUACGGUUUUUGCAUUUGCGGACAAAUACAGAGGACCCUACAGUGCAGGUCUGGCUCCAGAAGUUUGUCCAUUCUACUGUUCUUACUCUGGAUAUCAGGAUGAAUUGUUAUGGGGAGCUGCUUGGUUACACAAAGCAACAAAUAACCCAACAUAUCUCAAUUACAUCAAAGCUAAUGGUCAAAUCCUUGGAGCUGAUGAGUUUGAUAACAUGUUUAGCUGGGAUAAUAAGCACGUUGGUGCUAGGAUUCUUCUCUCCAAGGAGUUUCUGAUUAAGAAAGUGAAGUCACUUGGAGAAUACAAAGAGCAUGCUGAUAGUUUCAUUUGCUCUGUUCUACCAGGAGCCUCCUCUUCCCAAUACACCCCAGGUGGGCUAUUGUUCAAGUUGGGUGAGAGCAACAUGCAAUACGUGACAGAUCUAAUUUCGCGUUUACGUAAUUUUUAUGGGAAACGAUCAAUUUAA